UCGGUUUCCUUCUUCAUCUGUUCUCUGCCCAGUCUGCGCUGCAUUAACCCCGUUCUCGUCCACUCGGCCACCCAAGAUCCAGCCCGGACAACCGAUUCACUGACCAUGGGCUGGGUCGACAACGCAACGCCCGAGAUCGAUGCCCAGUCCGACUGGAGGACCAUCGUGGCCAUCUGCAGCGUCAUUUCGGCAUUCUCGAUCGCCGUUGUCUCCACCCGCCUUUGGAUCAGGCAUAAGAACCAUGGGCUGGCGGCGGACGACUGGAUGGCGACACUAUCGAUGGUGUUUGCGCUGGCGUACUCCAUCUUGUGCAUCGUCCAAACGAAAUACGGCCUCGGCCUGCCACUCAACCUGCGUCCGGCGGCCAACCUCAUUCCGUACACGCGUGUCAACUACGCGGGCAGGCCGAUAUACCAGCUUGGCAUCAGCUUCUUUAAGGUUGCGCUGCUGAUCAGCUACCUGCGGCUCUUCAAGGGGACGCACCACAAUGUCUACCGCAGAGUGGUCUGGAUCGCCAUCGCCGCUAUCCUGGCCGGGCACCUGGGGUGCGCGCUGACGCUAAUCCUGGCUUGCAAUCCGGUCCACAAGUCGUGGGAUCCGUUGGUGCCCGGCACGUGUCUUGCGCCGGGCCCCUCCUUCACAGCAUAUGCCAUCGUCACAAUCGUGUCGGAUGUCGUGGUCGCCAUCAUCCCCAUUCCCGUCCUCCUUAAGCUUAAGGUUAACACGGGCAAGAAGGUCGGCCUGAUCGUCAUCUUCCUGCUCGGUCUCUUCACGACCCUGUGUUCGAUCUUCCGCUAUCUGCAAAUCGACCGGAUCCAGUAUGGCGAUGGAAACUCAACCAUGCUCAUUGUGUGGGGCGUCAUCGAGUUCAACGUCGGGAACGUCGUCUCCUCGCUCCCCUUCCUCGCGCCCAUCUUCCUCCGCAAGGCGAGGCAGUACACGAGCAAGUACGGAGGCAGCAGCGGGCACCACCACGGCAGCGGCGCGCGCAGGCGCAGCAGGCUGGGCGACGCGUACAGGCUCAACAGCCGCGACGCCCCCAGCCAGUCCAAGGGCACCUUCGCCACCGCCCAGGGCCAGAGCGCCGGCAGCGCCGAGAACAUCCUCAACACGAGCGCGGACAACUCGAUCGUCAAGUCGGUCACGUAUAGCGUGCGCGUCGACUGACGGUUGCGUACAAUCUGGCUUGCACUCGACUAGCUUAUGUUGCUCGAGAAGAUACCCUUUUGGCGCGGCUGGUGUGUUGGCGCAAGUUUUACGGCGUGUGAUUUCAACUUGGGCUUUUGUGGGGAGCAGAUGUUCAACGAGUCCACGGCACAGAAUAAAGACAGUAUUUCCCCUUCUGGAUUUCAAUGUCGUCU